AUGGCCUCCCUCCGGUCGUGCGCCGCUCCCCUGCGCUGGGCGACCAAAUCCUCAACCCUCAGCUUCGUGCGAUACAACUCCUCCCACAGCAGCUCAACCUCUGCCAUUGCCUACAAGGCUCUUCGAAAUCGCUCUGCCCCCUUGCCCGUGACCAACGCCCCGCCAGCAUGGUCCGCCCAAGCCGCCGUUUCCAACAUCCUCUACGAAACGCCCACGCCGUCCAUGGCCCCGCCGAAGCGCCAUAUCCUCAAUUGCCUGGUCCAGAACGAGCCUGGUGUCCUCUCUCGUCUUUCUGGUAUUCUGGCAGCUCGUGGGUUCAAUAUCGACUCGCUAGUCGUGUGCAACACCGAGGUGGAGGACCUGUCUCGGAUGACCAUUGUCCUGACUGGCCAAGACGGCGUUGUCGAGCAAGCUCGUCGACAGCUGGAGGAUCUUGUCCCCGUCUGGGCCGUGCUUGAUUACAGCAAUGCUGCUCUUGUUCAGCGUGAGCUGCUCUUGGCCAAGAUCAACAUCCUGGGCCCCGAGUACUUUGAAGAACUGCUCUCUCACCAUCGUGAGAUAACGGCCGGCGAAUACGACCGCGAACAUACUCCCGAAGGUGCUGAACAAGCUCAGUCUUUGGAAGAGACGUCAGCCGACUUCCACCCUAGCAAGCUGGCAGCCAGUGAGGCUUUGCGUCACAAGCAUGAGCACUUGAAGACUAUCACCUAUUUUACUCAUCAGUUUGGUGGCAAGGUUUUGGACAUCAGCACCAUUAGCUGCAUUGUCGAGCUCUCCGCUAAGCCCACUCGAAUCGACUCUUUUCUCAAGCUCAUUGCUCCCUUUGGUAUCCUCGAGUCGGCCCGUACCGGUCUGAUGGCUCUGCCUCGUUCUCCUCUCCGUGGCCCUGCUGAGGAACCUCUAGUCAAGGAAGCCGAGGAGGUAGUUGACGCCAGCCAGCUCCCCCCUGGUUAA